UUAUUUUAGUUUUAAAAUGAUUUUCAAAUUUUUUCUACAUGCUUUCACUCUAAAGAAAAAGCAACAAAUCAAAAGCAUUAUUAUUAAUAAUCACUAUUUGCACACCGACACCAAUUCUGUCCUGAAUAUAUCUAUAUCGCAUUUAAAGCAAUUGUUCAAACAAAAAUGUUUAUCCGUAGUAGACGGUCAUGUAUGUCUUAUAGCGGACUGUCCUAUAUGCAAUAACGAAAAGAAAGAUGCAAAACUUUAUGUAAAUAAAACAACAGGAUUUUUUAUGUGCGAUAAAUGCAAAUGCACUGGCUCUUGGGAUAUAUUAAGAAAAUUUUUAUCGACACAGAAAUCAAUGGAAAAACUGAAAGAACUCGAUAUACUAAAAGCAGAUCUACGCAAGGAACAAGAUUUCGAUAAAAAGUGGAAAGAUAUGAAAGAAAACUGUCGAGAUAUCAUGGAGCUGACCACGGAAGAAUACAACGCGCUUCUCGAUAAUUUCUCGUUACCAGAUGUUUCGCAAGAAGAUAUGAGCCAAUUAAAGUGCAUUUACAAAGAGACAUCAAAAGUAUUAUAUUUCCCAUUAAUAGGACUAGAAAAUUCUGUUGUCGGAUAUAAAUUCAUUGAAACCGACGUAAAAGCAGAGCCAACAUUCCCUGUCUCUAGUGUCAGCGGAUGCGUUACGUACAAACAGAAUACCGGUAAAAACGAUAAUACCGCUGUGAUCGUAGAAAGUAUAUACGAUUUGUUAGCUUUGGUUGCACAGAAAUCUGCAAAUAUAAUUAUCUGUUUACCAUACAAUUUAAAAACUCUACCUCAGCAGUUAUUACCAUAUAUGGAAUCCUUCAAAAAGUUAACUUUAUGGUUUGGAAAUGACGAGACAAGUUGGUAUACCGCUAGACAGUUUGCAAAAAAAUUAAACGAAAAACGAUGUUACUUCGUGAGACCGACAGAUUUACAACCGCAACCAAAAUUGGCUGCAGAAAUGGGUUACAAUCUAAAAGGUAUUCUUGAAAAUGCUCAAGCUGUGUGGCAUAAAAGUAUAACUACCUUUCGAGAAUUCAGGGAAGAAGUGUUGAGCGAUUUGCAAAAUAUCGAUAAAGUACAAGGUGUAAAAUGGAAAAGAUAUCCAGUUCUGAAUCGUAUACUGAAGGGUCACAGAAGAGGAGAAUUGACGAUAUUAACAGGGCCGACGGGGUGCGGUAAGACAACUUUUAUGAGCGAGUAUUCCUUAGAUUUAGCAAUGCAAGGCGUCAAUACCUUAUGGGGUAGCUUCGAGAUAAGGAAUGCACGAUUAGCGAGAACAAUGUUGCAACAAAUGGUAGAGCUACCUCUGGAUCAACAUCUAGACAAUUUUGAUUUAUACGCGGAUGCUUUUGAAAAAUUACCAAUUUACUUUAUGACAUUUCACGGUCAGCAAACUAUUAAAGUAGUGAUGGAUGCAGUCGAGCAUGCAACUUAUGUUCACGAUAUAGCUCAUGUUAUAAUCGAUAACGUUCAGUUUAUGAUGGGUACAUCGGAUGAGUCCAAGCACAUGGACAGAUUCUGGAAGCAGGAUGAUAUAAUUGCGAAAUUUCGGAAUUUUGCUACCAAAUACAAUUGUCACGUGACUGCGAUAAUACAUCCAAGAAAAGAGCGUAGCGAAGAAGAGUUAACGACUUCGUCAAUUUUUGGAGGCGCCAAAGCGAGUCAAGAAGCUGAUAAUGUACUCAUCAUUCAAGACAAGAGAUUCAGUAGCGUACGGGGCAAAAAAUAUUUACAAGUUGCUAAAAAUAGAUACAGCGGAGAUUUGGGUAUAAUGAUGUUAGAAUUUGAAAAGUCUAGUCUUAGUUAUUCCUCGAGAUUGAAACAAAAAAGUGAGAAUACAGAGAAAGAAAAAUUCUUAAAAAUUACGCAUACGACAAAACAAAUUAAUAAACGAACCGAUAUAUGAAUUUAUGUUGUUAUUUUAUUAAAAAUUGUACAUAGGGUUAUCGUAACGAGCAGUGUAUGACGGAAAAUUGUUCGUUCGAUUUGCAAUUAUAAAUAAAUUGAAUUUGUAACACGUGUGUCAAAGAUUGAAAGCUAGCCUAAGGACUGUUUCGUCCUUACGCUAGCCGACGUUUGCACGAGAUUAAAUGUUAACUAAACGAUCGUAAAUCGGUGUCUUUAACGAGGGUAGUAGUUUACUGUUGUACCGACUACACGGGUUUCUAAUCUAACGUGGGUGGGAAAAUUUUAUCAGAAAAAGCAAAGCAAUAAACGUGUAUAGUAUAUUUGUAAUUUACCAUUUAGUUAGUGAUUUCUUUGGACUUUUGUCUCGAUCAAGUUGUAGUAGUUAAAUACGAGAAAGAUAAUAAACGAAACAGAAAGUGAUUACGCAAGAAAUGAGAUUAA